AUGCAAACACAGACACAAGAAGGAACUCAGGACAUCGCGGAAGGCGUUUGUGGGGCCCUGAAUACUGUCUUGAACAAAAUCCAAAGCAUUCUAAGAGAGCAGUUCUUGCAGGUUAUUUUUCAAGGCACAACUGCUGUGGGCGUAGAGUGCAAACGGCACCACAGAAGGUUCAUGGUUCGAGCCAGGAGGGAAGUGAUUCUUUGCGCUGGAGCUAUUGGUUCUGCGCAGCUGCUCAUGCUGUCUGGCGUAGGACCGCGGGAACACCUCGAAUCAUUAGGGAUAAACGUCAUCGCCGAUCUCCCGGUCGGUGAACAUCUCUAUGAUCACGUGACAGUGAAUGGAAUCGCCGCAACAUCAGCAGAGAACAUACAGAUAAACUACUAUUCGCCGUCUGCUGCUUUUGAGUAUGCUCUGUUUGGAUCAGGCCCACUAAGCCAUGCUUAUGGCGUCGAAUGUGUUGCUUUCUUAAGUACGCCGGGCAGUGAUGCCACGAUUCCAAAUAUUCAGUUUCUGCUUGUCAGUCUCAAUCCUACGACAAUUGAAGCGGGGUAUCUGGCCAGUCAAAUAGGAGUUUCACAGAUCUAUGAAACAUACUACAAGCAAAAGCGAGGAAAUAAUGCAUUUAUGGUUGUACCAAUACUUCUUCAUCCAAAAUCGUCUGGCUUCAUCCGGCUAAGAAGCACAGAUCCUGAAGAAUAUCCUAUCAUUGAUCCUAAAUUUUUGACAAAUGUUGCCGACAUCGACGCACUAGUUCAAG